GUCGCUCUGGCUUGCUCUCCGUCAAAGCCUUGGGGAGAGCGGAGACCUUCCAGGCCCAAAGGAAAUGGAGAUCUGAUCCAGAACGAGGCCACUGCCCGGGAGGCCAGAGAUCUCGAACCAGCCUGCAAAGACGAUGGGGCGCUUUUGCAGAGGGCUACGGCCAGGAAUUCUUAGUUAUAAAUGAUUAGCCCCUAUGACCAACAUGAGCUGGAGUUUCCUAACCCGCCUGCUAGAAGAAAUUCACAACCACUCCACCUUCGUGGGGAAGAUCUGGCUCACGGUCCUGAUCGUCUUCCGCAUCGUCCUGACGGCCGUCGGAGGCGAGUCCAUCUAUUCGGAUGAACAGAGCAAGUUCACGUGCAACACCAAGCAGCCGGGCUGCGACAACGUCUGCUACGACGCCUUCGCGCCACUGUCGCACGUCCGCUUCUGGGUCUUCCAGAUCAUCAUGAUCUCAACCCCGUCCGUCAUCUACCUGGGCUACGCCAUCCACAGGAUCGCCAGGUCCUCCGAGGAAGAGAAGAAGAGGUUCCGGGGCUUCAAGAAGAAAAAGCAGUUUGCCCUCAACUGGCAAUCGGUCCGCAAUCUAGAAGACCCCUUGGCGGCGGAGGAGGAAGAGCCCAUGAUAGCGGACGAGAUUGUGGAGUGCGACGAGAAGGCCAAGACGAAGGAGGAGAAGAAGAAGAAGGAUCAGCAGAAACACGACGGCCGGAGACAUAUCCAAGAAGAGGGCCUUAUGAAAAUCUAUGUCUUCCAGCUUCUCACCAGAGCCUCUUUCGAAGUGUGUUUCUUGAUUGGGCAGUACAUGCUUUACGGCUUCGAAGUCAUGCCGUACUACCUUUGCACCCGGCUGCCUUGCCCUCACGACGUGGACUGCUUCGUGUCGAGGCCGACGGAGAAAACCAUCUUCCUCCUGGUGAUGUACGUCGUCAGCUGCCUUUGCCUGUUGCUCAACUUGGCCGAGAUGUGCCAUUUGGGCAUCGGCACCAUCAGAGACGCCAUUCGGGAGCGAAAGGUCCACAGCUUCAGGCAGCCCCCCUACAAUUACGCUGCCUACCCAAAGAAUAUCUCCUGCCCGCCGGAGUAUAACCUGGUGGUGAAAUCGGACAAGCAGCCCAAGGUGCCCAACAGCCUCAUGGCGCACGAGCAGAACUUGGCCAACGUGGCUCAAGAACAGCAGUGCACGAGCCCCGACGAGAACAUCCCGCCGGAUCUGUCCACCCUCCAUAAACACUUGCGGGUGGCUCAGGAACAGCUGGACAUUGCGUUCCAGAGCUACAACAGCACUCAGGCCAACACCCAUCCCUCGAGGACCAGCAGCCCCGCUUCGGGCGGGACUGUGGCGGAGCAGAACCGAGCCAACACUGCCCAGGAGAAGCACGGGCCUAAGCCCAAAGCCAGCUCGGAGAAGGGUAGCUCUAACGGCAAAGAUGGGAAGAACUCUGUUUGGAUAUAGCAAGGCCUAGCCUAAGAAGGAGGGCAGGGCUUCGAGGGGUAGAGGUGCCUUCUCCAUCAACAUGGGGCUUGUCCCAGAGAGCACUGACAACGAGUCUCUUUUUAUAUAAAAGUCAAUGGUCUUGCUAAAUGCUGCCAGUGAUGUAUUUGAGGAAGGCUUGCCCCAUCUGGUUAACAAGAGGCCUCACCUCACUCCCUAGCCCUCUUUUGUCUCCCCGAUGCACUAGCCAUUCAACAUCUGGAAAGAGGGGGGAGACACCUUUGCACAACAUUCCUUGUUCCUCCCCAGGGAAAAUCACAAGGCUUUUGUCCUUCAUAUGUGUCCUAAUUCUCUUGGAGUAAAUCCCUGAAUAUUGUCCCUUGACCCACGCAAAAUUGGGGUUGGGGUGCUGAUAACAAAGAGUUACCCUCUGAUUCAAGGUUCCUGAAGAAAGGAGAACAUGGUCCCCUGAAAGACGAGAAGGGCACUCAGAUGACCCUGAGGCCUGGGAACCCCACCCUGACCUGGUCUGUAGAGCCUUUGGGUAUAGUCUCCCUUGCUGAGCUGCUUCCAUUCAAUAUGUCUUCCCUUUCUCUGCCUGCCCAAUUUCUUCUUCCCCCCCCUUGUCCUUUUUAUGUUCCACAUUCUGCCGGACCAUCUGCUUUUACCUCUAUCCCCUUCCUUAUCAACUGUCCGUUGUCUUUUCUUUGUCGCCAACGGUUCUGACUUUUGGCUCCCUGCUUUGCAACGUGUCCAAGGGCAGCCCCACCACAACAUCCCAGCCUUCUGCGUCAGUUUGGGUUAGGGCCUGCUUCACCUGUGGACAGGUUUGUACCAUGCCAUGCACCAUUUCUUGCUUUGUCCAAGGAGAAUGGGUUCUGCAUUCAAGGCAGCAGCACCGGGGGGGGGGGCAUUAAUCUUGACCGUGCAGAGCAACUGUCAUUCCGAACCAUACGCCUUCUUGUUCUGUACAUCCUCUGCUUUGUUUUAAUGACUAAAAUAGCCCUUAACUGAAUUAAUUUCUAACUCCCUUUGGUGGAAGACGACACACCUACAGGCGCUACGGUGACAGCUUAUCAUUCUGACUGGUUGAUGGCGUUCAUAAAAGGGCCACCGCUGCAAUUAGAAUUGCAGAU